GGAUUCUGCGGUGGCUGCUCAAAACCACACAAGCACGAAAAACUGACUGCAGAUCAGAAAUGGUAAAAACGUGACCUUACGUCAUGUAACAAACAAAGAGGCUGUGAUUGGUAGAUAGACGAGUGUUGUGGUGCUGCCGUCACUGGGCACGCGGCACUGUGGAAGUUGCUAGAUCCGCCAGCGAAAGAAAGGAAACAAACAUUAGAAGAAACCGUGACAGGAUACAUAAACUCGUAUAAAGCGUAAAACCGUAACACAAGAGGAACGAGUCGUUUCAGGAGCCUCCAGCUGCUUUCAUACACAUUUUGCCUGAAGAUAAAAACGACACAGCUGACUGGUUCGUGUGUGUGGAGAGCGUCAAGCUGAAACGGUAAAAGCUCAGGACAGAAGGUGGACAAUCCCAGACUAUGGCUACAGUGCAUUUUCCAGGGCCCACCAACAGGGACUCGCUCUACUGGGAUGAAACAGAAUGCCUCAACUACUAUGGGAUGUUGUCUCUACAUGAGAUCUUUGAAAUAGUUGGAUGUCAGCUAACAGAGACCGAUAUAGAAGUUCUCUCUUUCCUUUUGAAUGAAAGCUACUCUGCACCACACCCUCUCGACCCUGUAGGCUGGACUAUUGAACCUGCUGAAGACGAUCCAGAGGACUUGGGCUUGGCACCGACUCCACCGCUGCUGAAAGCGUGGGGACGGAUAAAGCCCAAGGCAUCCCAGCCAUCGUCAGUGGACAUAAAGCCUAAGAGUGGUGUUGGGCUGCUGUUGGAGCUUGAGAGACGAGGAUAUCUCUGUGAUGGCAACCUGGAACCACUGCUGCAGCUGCUGAGAGUCCUCACUCGUCAUGACCUGCUGCCUUUGGUGUCUCAUAAAAGAAGGAGGACGGUGUCUCCAGAGAGAGUUGGACAGAGGUAUGAAACGAACAGAACAGAGUUGGUGUUUGGACUGCAGCAUACCUGCAGACAGACAGAGAUCCCAUUCUCAUCUUUCACAAACCCAUUUACCACCGAUAUUUCCUCCCCUUUGGCUGGUUCAUCUACCAGGAGGCAAAGGAGGAGGAGGGGUUAUGGUUGGAGCCGUAGGUCAAAGAAAACAACCAGACUGGUCCAGCCACUGCCUCCACCAGCACCUCAGAAAGUGUCAUGCGAUAUCCGCCUUCGCGUUCGUGCGGAGUACCUGGAGCACGAGUCAGCCCUGCGUGAUGCCGUCUCCUCAGACAAGCGGCAGCCGCUGGAGAGGCAGUUUGAGUUGUUCAGUCGCGCCAACUCGCUGCUGCACGCCCGAGACCUGGGCUCCAUCGUCUGCGACAUCAAGUUCACGGAGCUGGACAACCUCGAGGCAUUCUGGGGGGACUACCUGAGCGGAGCGCUGUUGGAAGCCUUAAAGGGGGUUUUCAUCACCGACUCUCUGAGGAUGGCCGCAGGCUCUGAGGGAGUCCGCCUUCUGAUCAGUGUUGACCAAGACGACUACGAGGACGGCCGACGACUGCUGAGUGCCCGCAAAACGAUGUCCUCCAGUAAUGGUGGGCGCAGACAGACACGCUAGGCUUUAUGGUCCAACAAGACUUUUUUUUGUUGUGUUAUACUAACCUUGAAGACAAGAACAGUAUGGACUCUUAACUGAAGGUUGUAAGUUCAGGGGUCCUUCAGAAGCACUUUAGGGCCCUUUUCUGCUGUUUGUGUAUUAACCACUAGAUGGCAGAAGUUACCAUAGGUCCUUUUUGUUCAAGUUGGAAGGAUUAUUAUUUAUGGAUUACUUAGAUUAAAAUGGUGCUUUGGGUUUCAAUUCAUGCACAGGUGCUACAUUGUAAGGGACCACGACGAAGCAGAACCUCCUCACACGUUUCAGUUUCUUAGAACAUUUGAAAGCACCGACAAAUCCUCUUACAUCAACAGAAAUGUGCUACAUUGAGCAGUCUUGUUGCUCAUUUUCUUUAGUGUUAUCAUUUCAUCAUUUGUACAUAAAAGGCUGAUUUACACAUUUGAGGACUGGUGCACAAUCAUUUAAAGUAACUUUUCAAAACAAAAAAAUGCUUAAUUGCCAUUUUGAUUUCAGCAUAUAUUGAAAAUUGUUUUUAUUUCAACAAUUGGGUCUAGGCAAAAAAAAAAAUAGGUCAGUGGUUUUGAAAUUAACAAAGGAGAGAGAGUUUACUGCUUUGACUGCAGUUGGAAUUUCCUUUCCAACUUUGGAGAGCCUGAAUGUUUAAUGCACAACCAGAUAACUGGAUUCUCAGUCCUGGCCCCCACGAUAACCCACAUCAUGUCGUGAUCAGUGGAUACGGUGGUUGCCAGCAGAUGACAGCAGUGAUUAGGGUUAGGUCUCAACAGAGCGUGGAAGUUUCAUCAUCACAAGCUUGUCAAGAGCAUCCCUGGUAAUGCGAUGGUGGCUCGUGUCCGGGCUUCCAGCGAGGCCUCAGCAAGUGCUUCUCCCAUCAAGUAAAGCACAGGACAGUGCGUCAGUCAAUAGAAGUGAUGUUGGAGAGAUCAAAAUCAAAAGUGCACGUCCCAGCUCCACUCAGCCCUGCUAUGUUGGCCCAGCAGAGUGGCUCACAGACAGCUGUCUACUCACCCUGCUGGAACUAAUGCCUGGACUUCACUCAUAGAAGACGAUCAAUAAGGCCUCUCUCUUAAGUCCCUUCAUACUGCACGACUUAGCAAGCAGACACAGUCUGAAGUACCAGAGUCUGCAGAGCCGAGCUGACAGACCAGGAAGCACCAUGGACAGAUUUCCAUGUUUAAGCUUUUUUAUUUUUAUUUAUAUAUAUAUAUAUACUUUUUUUUUUGUUAAAAUAAAUAUUGUAUGUUUGUAUUAAUUCACUGAUCCAGGAGAACAUUUUUUAAAAUGCUUUUGGAAAGGAAAUACUUUUGUGUGUUGAUCUUUAUAUAUUGGAAAUAAUUUCUGGUGAAAAAUAAAAGUUUUGAAGGUC